AUGUUCGCGGAGAUAAACCGGCGGACGCUCGCGUUCCGCGGCGGCGGCCUCGUCACCUCCGCGGCGGCCGCCUCGGCGGCGGGGGCCGAGGCCUGGGAGCGGCAGGACCCCGAGGCGCUGAACGGGCGCGGGGCGGACGAGGAGGCGGAGCUGGAGGGGCUGGAGGCCGAGGAGCUGGAGGCCACCGCCGCCGAGGAGAAGGAGCUGCUGCUGCCCCAGGACGCGGCGUCGCCCCCCGCCGCCGCCGGCCCCAUGUUCGCCGAGAGGAACCGCCGGACUCUGGCCUUCCGCGGCGGCGGGGGGCUUCUGGCCGCCCACCCCGCCGCCAACAAUGGCUGCGAGGCCGCGGCCUGGCCGCGGAAGCACUUCAAUGGGCGGGGGGCGGACGAGGAGAUGGAGCUGGAGGGCGCGGAGGGACUGGAGACCGAGGGGCUGUUGGAGGGCAAGGAACUGGUCCAGGACGGGGGUUCGCUGAGUGACAGCAGCGACGACGAGGAGGACGGCGAAGGAGGCAGCCUGGGCGACGGCAGCGGCGCCGAGGGCGGCAGCUGCAGCAGCAGCCGGCGGUCGGGGGGCGACGGCGGGGACGAGGCGGAGGGCAGCGGCGAGGGGGAGAGCAUCCGGCACUUCCCGCUGGCCAGGCCCAAGUCCCUGCUGCAGAAGCUGCACAUCUCCUUCCAGGGCUCCUGGCUCAAGGAGUUCCCGUGGCUCUACUACUGCCAGGAGACCGGCCUCAUGUCGUGCGCCUGGUGCACCGCGGCCGUGGCCGCUGCUGCGCCCCCCGAGGUGAUCAUGUCCGGCGCGCCCCUGCCCGGGGGGCACGACGAGCUCUGCAAGGGCACCCGCAACUACAAGCGCACCCUGCUCCUGCGGCACCACCUCUCCGCCGAGCAUCGCCUCAACGAGCCCGGCAGCGCCGAGCAGGAGGCAGAGUUACCAUCAGAACUGAAUAAUGAAGGAUACUGUGAUUUUAACAGCAGGCCAAAUGAGAACUCUUACUGCUAUCAGCUCCUGCAAGAGCUCAACGAGCAGAGGAAGAAAGGCAUUCUUUGUGAUGUUAAUAUUGUGGUGAGUGGGAGGGUCUUCAGAGCUCACAAGAACAUCCUGGUUGCAGGCAGCCGCUUCUUUAAGACUCUGUAUUGCUUUACAAACAAAGAAAGCCGUAACCAAACCACUGUUACCUAUUUAGACGUUGUUGCUGUUCAAGGUUUUUCUGUCAUCUUGGACUUCUUGUAUUCUGGUAACCUCGUGCUUACGAGCCAAAACGCCAUUGAAGUGAUGUCGGUGGCCAGCUACCUUCAGAUGACGGAGGUUGUCCAGUCCUGCCGCAACUUCAUUAAAGAUGCCUUAAACAUAAGUAUAAAAUCAGAAGCUCCAGAGACUGUUGUAGUGGAUUACAACAGAAGAUCUGUUAGUAGGGAUGGUUUAUCUCCAAGGGAUCAAAAAGUUGCCAGCUUCUGGGCAACACGAAACCUCACCAACUUGGCAAGUAGCAUAAAAACUGAGAACGAUCCCUACCCUAUUGAUGAGGGCCAAAUGGAAAGCUACCAAAUGAAUGACUGCAGUUGGGUCCAGGACAGCUCACCUGAAAUGGCUGAAAAUGAAUCUCAAGGUGAGGGAAAAGUUUUUGUGUGGAAUGACAUGGGUGCACAGGGACAAUCAGUUCAAGAACCUGGAAAAGCAAGAAGGAAAAACCAAACUGCAAAGAGAUUUAUUUAUAAUGUACCACCUAAUACUGAAGAGAACUCUGAAGAUUGCUCAGUGUUGCAACCGUCAGUCCCAUAUCCAGAAGAAGAUUUGUCAUUUAUUAAAGAAGAAGCAGCUACUUCAAGUGACUUCAAGUAUGGACUGUUGCCGGGUACUUCAAAUGACUUCAAGUACGGAUUGCUGCCGGGUACUUCAAGUGACUUCAAGUAUGGGCUGCUACCGGGUACUUCAAGUGAUUUCAAGUAUGGAUUGCUGCCAGAAUCUUGGCCAAAAGAAGCUUGGGAAAAUGGCGAUUCCUCUGCUUUAAUCAUGAACAAGUUGAAGUGUCCACACUGUAACUAUGUAGCCAAAUACAGAAGAACACUAAAGAGACACUUGCUCAUUCACACAGGAGUGAGAUCUUUCAGUUGUGACAUCUGUGGGAAGCUGUUUACACGAAGAGAGCAUGUAAAGAGACAUUCCUUGGUGCAUAAAAAGGAUAAAAAGUACAAGUGUAUGGUGUGCAAGAAGAUUUUCAUGCUUGCAGCCAGCGUUGGAAUAAGACACGGCUCACGGCGUUACGGAGUUUGUGUAGACUGUGCAGAUAAAUCUCAGCCUGGAGGGCAGGAGGGAGCAGACCAGGCGCAGGACACAGAUUUCCCUAGGGAUGAAGAGUACGAAGAGAAUGAAGUGGGAGAAGGCGAUGAGGAGCUGGGUGAUGAUGUAGAAGAACAGAACGAGCAGUCGCGGUGGGAUGAAGGCGGGGAAGUCUGUAUGCCUUUAGAUGACUGACGGAGCACGAGACUUCAGGGUGCUGCAGGUGGACACUGUACGGAUUGACUGCUUGAAUUCUGGGACUGAAGGCUUGCGAAAUAUGGUACAGGCUGGAUGGUAGUUAUGUUGCUGUGAAAAUGUAGGGUCAAAGCCUUAUAGCGCAAAAAAAGGAUUAUUAAUUUUUUUAUGAUAUUUGCACAGGACUGUACAGCAUACAACCGUUUGGUUGAAUUAUACAGAGUCCUCACAUCUACAGUCAGUUAUCAAAAGAAAAAUGUAUUUUUUAUUAUUUAUAGGCUAUAGCUACUUGGGUCCUAUUCAGACAUAGUAGUAACUGUAAUUAUGUUGCACAUUCAUGUACCUGUUAACAUGAAUGAAGAAAAUUGCAAUUUGGUAUGGAAAUACAAAGACAGCUUUCCCAAAUCCACUCGUACUUUUGUCAGCGAGUCAGUGAAGCUAAUUCGGGCUGGUGGCUCGUUUUCCACAAGCAUGUCUUUGCCAUACAAACCUUACCUCUCCUGUAAUCUGAUAGGUGAAAGCCAAUCAUUUAAAUAUGUGUCACAGAUAUUGCCAACACCAUAUUGAAAUUUGGGUUGAAAACUUUUGGCUCUAUGCUGGCAGGUGCUAUGGGUGAUAAGCACUGGAGAAGUUUUUAAUGGCAUUAAUUUAGUGUCUGUUUUUAAAGAAGGUUGUUGUUGAUUCAUCAGUUUUAAAAUGACGAUGCAGAAGAAAUGACCAGUAAUGAAAUAAUAGACUGAUCAGAGCAUGGGUAACUCUUGUGCCACUUAGUCAAAAGAGACAGUCAUGCUAAAAGGUAUCUGAUGUAAUAAUGUUUCUUCUCUCUCCUAAGGCCCCCCUUCUCUCAAAAUUUUUUUUGUUUCCCUGGUGUAUACCUCAGUCCCACAGAAUAAAAAUGCAAGGAAUGGAGAAAGUGUCAUAUUAAAACAACUUUUUGGUCAAUAA